AGACUGUACUGUAGUUGACUUGUCCACGUAUUGUCAGUCUGUUUACAUCUUGAUCAUUUUCCCCUUAUUUUCCGAUUACCAAUCAAUCUCUAAAAAUGAAGGACUGGAUAGAAUAUUUUAAAAACAUUCCUACCCACAUGGAUUAUGACGGUCAAGCCAGAGCAGAAAAGCUAUCCAGGGUCAUCAUUACACUUUUUGGGGUUGUUGGAUUAGUUUGGGGCUAUGCAAUUCAACAGUUCUCUCAAACGAUUUACAUUCUAGGGGCUGGUUUUGUUAUGGCUGCCAUUAUCACUGUGCCACCCUGGCCCAUGUACAGAAGAAAACCUUUGGAAUGGCAAAAGCCACAAGUCGAUUCAUCCGCAAAAGCUAAGAAGAAGAAAUAGUUUCUAUUAAAUUGAUUCAAAUUUUAUACGAAUUACCUACGAUUGUAAGUUUUUUUUUAACGCGUCUUGUCUUUCACACACAAAAAAACUACAAACUUUGCCGUCUUGUUUCAAAAAUGUAUCUAGUUCUUGGUCUCAAUUGUUUUCAAAGUGACAAAAAACAUAUUAACUUGCAACACAGUCUCUCAACUUGCAUCCGCUAUUAAAAUUCUGGUGAGGUUUUCAUGAUUAAAAUCAACCACACCUGCAAAAUGGAACCUAAUUCAGUCGUCGAAUGAUAAUGUAGAUUUUUAAUUCAAGUUUUAAAAGCAUUUAACGUCUUCUUUAUCGACGAUAAUUCAUAUGUUAUAAAUAGGAAAAGUCAGUAUUGUGUUUUACGUCGAUGCAUACAUUUCUUCUGGUAAUUUAAAGUUAUGUUGUUACAUAAAAGUGAGUGAUGCGAAAAUAAAUAUUUCGUGUAAAUAA